AAACCCGGAUGAUAAUGAGGUAAUCUCGCGUGAAUUACAAGCAAAUAUUUUAUUUUAGAAACAACAAUCGACGUCAACUCGAAGACUAAAAUGUCUUUUAAACGAGAAGGAAACGAUAGUUGUCUUCUAAAUACACUUAGAAAAAGGAGGAUUAAGGAACUCUUCAGUGAAGAUAUUCCUGAAGAUGAGGCAAAGUUACUUAGUAAUGGCAGGUUCGCUUGUUUGGUAUGCCAUCACAAGCCAAUAUUUGAUACAGUUAGCAUGCUUAGCAUUCACAGGAAAGGAAAAAAACAUCUCUUUGAUAAUGAAAUAUAUUUAAACAAGAAGAGAGAGCUUAUGCAUCUCAUCAACGCUCGCAAACACGAACAGUAUCUUAAGGAUGGUACAACCUUAAUUAAAAUGUCUGAGCCAAAACAUACAAGUAUAUUAAGCUCCCAGCCUUAUGAUCCUAGAGUGAAGAAAUUAAAAUUAAAGAAUGACCAUGAAGUCUCAACAUCUCUGACAAAUACUGGUUUCAAAAAGUCCAUGUCACCUGCAGAUAACUCAACUCACCUACCAGGUCAUUCACACUGGUCAGAUAUGUGCCAACAACAAAUGUCUGUUCCAGUCACUCAUGACCACAGGUUAAAGAACAUCUUUUCAGAGAGAGACAGAUCCCAGGAGUAUGUCAGAUGUGAGCCUUACAAAUCAAAAUACAGACCCACCAUAACAACCCUCACAGUGCCAAUUUCUUGUGACACGGUGAAAAAUACUGAUAGUAAAGUCUUAAUAGAUGAAAGAAAAAUCGCCAAUUCCAGUACAUCUAACCAAGCUAUGCAAGUCUAUGGUAACACCUCAAAUACUAAACUUUUACCCCAGACAAAAAUUACAAAAUCUAAGCAGUCUCAAACACAAGUUAAAAAGACUAAUCUUGCUACGACACAAGGUCAGAAUUCAACGAACAAAUUAAAACAACUUUCAGGUUCUGGCUGGAAGAGAGACUGGGAUGGUAGUUGGAUCAAGGAUGCUACAGCAGAGUUUGACUCAGAUGAAGAACCACCUGACAUUCCUUUACAACUUUAAUCUUACGUUCAAUAAAAUAAUUUAUUUCAAAAUAGACUUUUUAUUAUAUGAUAAAUAAUAAUAUUUGAUCUAUUUUUACACUCUGUUUGUCUCAGCAGUUUGAAACCUUUUUAGUUCUACGGACCCUUUUUACAAUUGCCCACUAUGUGGCGACCCAAUAGUACAAUCAAUUGUUUUUUGCUAAUGUUAUAAAAUCUUUAAAUGUAAAAAUAUCUAAAGCUGUAUAUUUUUAAAAACAAAACUCUAAAUAUUUCUUCUUAUAAUUUAAUACAGAUAAAUGACAUUUUCAUCUGCCUCCUUCAGUUGUGAACAUCUCGAACACUUUUUCAUAUUGUUGUGAAGCCCUAUUUUGGAGAGACACUCCCAUCCACAUAUAUUGCAUCUCAAGGUAGCUUUCGUGGUAGAGGAGUUGGCCAUUUUCUGUGUGGCCCGCUUUUCUUCAAGAGUCAAGGCCCUUUUUUUUUUUCUCGCUGUCUGUAGCUUUCUUGGUCACCACCUCUCUCCAACUAGUGCGGUCUAAGACUAUCUCUUCCCAAUGGUCAGUAUCAAUGUUUACUGAUUUUAAAUCCCUUUUUAUCACAUCAACCUAACGGAGGUGGGGGGUGACCAGUUUUUCUUGAGCCAGACGCAAGUUGCCCAUACAGAAUCAUUUUCGGAUGCAUUUGUCCUCCAUCCGGCAAACAUGUCCGAGCCAGUGCAGGUGGCGUUGCCUGAAGACCGUAAAGAUGCUGGGAGGGCUCGUUCUCGCAAGGAUCUCAGUAUUGCACACUCUUUAAGAUCCUCCAAAGGCAGCGUAUGUGGAAUGAGUUUAGUUUUCUCUCUUGUUUUGUGUAGGUUGUCCACGAUUUGCUGCCGUACAGUACUGUGCUAAGAAUGCAUGCCUUGUAGAUAUUUUAAAAACUCUUAAUUUCGUAAUUCUUGUGGAAUUUACUAAUAUUCAUACAUAAGUUUUAAAGACUCAUUCUGUAGCAUAAGUUGAAAUCCAAGAUCUUUGCAGACACUACAAAUAUUUUGCAAGAAAUUUUAUACUUAUUUCUCAGAAAUAAACAUAUUUUGUCAA